AUGGCCUACCAGUUCUUCGCCAAGGGUCAGCACCACAUCCAGGCACAGACUCCUUCUAUACCAUCGCACUCUCGUCCCUCCAAUUCUGUUCCACCCAUCCAUCCCCCACCACCACAACCACCAAAGUCCGCUGCUGUCGCAACAACACGACCAGUCACCAAAGCAGAGACAUUCAUCCCGUAUCCCGAUAUUCUUCCAGUCGGUUAUAAAACUCCACAUCCUAAUGCUACAGUCGAACCCAUUGGUGUAGCGCACAUCCCAUCUCUCACGCGUAUUACGGGACUGUUAUUACCAAUUCGCUACCCGAACUCCUUCUAUACAGCGACAAUUACCGACCCUGUCAUCGCGUCGUUGUCGCGUGUUGCUAUAUACCAUGACCAACCGGGAACAGACAAGGUGAUUGGGGGUAUUCGGUGUCGAUUGGAAAGACUAGACACCCCCAAUACACAAGAGGAACGCGAACGGGAGCGCGAAUGCGAACAUGAACAGGGGACCAAUCUCUAUAUCCAAACUCUCCACCUCCUCUCGCCAUAUCGAGGUCUUGGCGUGGCGGCCGCCUUAUUAAACUCGCUCUUAUUUGAAACCCCAUCAGCCUCGAAGAAUACUCAAUAUCGCGUUUCGAAAUUGGUUAAACACUACCGUAUUCGUUCCGUGACGGCUCAUGUUCAUGAAGCUAAUGAGGAUGGUCUAAGGUGGUAUACUGCGCGAGGAUUUAAGGUGCAGGAUGGAGUUGUCGAGGGGUAUUAUCGGCGGUUGAAACCGUCUGGUGCGAGGAUUGUCAAGUUGGAUGUGGAAUGGUUGGAGAAUGAUCAGGUCGACGAGGCACCUGGCAAUGGGGAGGAAGAUGAGGAGGAGGGCUGGGAGAAGAUUGAGGCUCAUGAUAGCGAAGAAGAGGGUGAUCAUGGGGUUCAACUACUGCCUGAGUCUCAGUCUCAGCCUCAGUCCUUCGAGGAUGCGACUACGCCGUCACGGAAACGCAAGGCUGAGGAGGAAAAGGGCAAUAUACCGCAAAGGAGGUAG